UGUGAAACGACCAGUGAGAUUUUUGAACAAUAGACCAGGAACCUGACAUGGCUCUCACUGCAUUGCUGUUCAGUCUGUUUGUUCUACUUCAACAAGUUAAUGGCUCCAUAGAUCUCCAUAUCCUACAAUCAGAGAAUGUCCCCACUCUGCACUGUAACUCAUCCUCUGAUGAUGAAGACACUGGAGCCUUGUGCAGGAUCAGUGACCUCAGUUGGGAAUUUCAGAAAAUGAUGUGUAGCAAAACAAUGAAUAACAAUGGUGAUUGUGAAAAAAACAGACCUAAGAAAAGUAAAUGCAGACAAUGCACAAUGACCAAAGAUGAAAUGGAAUCUAAUUCACUGACAUUCAAUGUGAAGCCAGAUAGCUCAGCAGUAUUUACCUGCACCGUUCCGAAUUCCACAGGAGGAGCCUCAUCGAUGUGUCCAUCCUGGAUCACACUCACAGGACCUGGAUGUGAAGACUACCACCUGGACUUGGUGGUAAAGCUGAGUGAAUCUGAUGAAAUAUUUUCUACUGAUGAAAGCCCCUCAUCAUUGACAGCGCCAGAGGGAGACAACGUGACUUUACCCUGCCAAUUUGAACGUAACCACCCUUUGCCCUUCACUGUGCUUUGGAUCACAUCUGGAAAUAUUAACAAGUGCCUGUCCUCUGUUCACACUGAGGGAUAUAAACUAUAUUCUAACACCCGCUGCUGUGUGAAAGGCAAGUCAGCACAAAGAAUCUUUAACCACAGCUCACCUAAUCCUACUGAUAAAAUACAGUUCCUCAACCUUACUAUUCAGUCAGUGGAGGUGAUGGACACGGGCAGGUAUCUCUGUGUUAUACACGGUGUGACGAAAGGGAAACCUAUCUGGAAGAUUGCAGCAAAUAUCUCCCUCACUGUAGCAAACAUGAAACGUGAGUCUGACAAUAUAAUUCACACUGAGACAUCUGUCGUUCAAUAUCUGGAAUAUACUCCAUGA